AUGGCGAAACUGGUCACAGGCUACGGCUACGAUCCACCAGGCGGCCUCAAAGUCACCUUCACCGGUUGGGGCACCACAAUCUCCACCGGGCAGGCGGCGCCGAACACGUUAAUGAAGGUAGACAUCACCGUCAUCGACCGCGCCAACUGCGUGGCCAGUUUUGAUGUCAACGACCGCAUGAUCUGCGCUGGCGAGAAUGGCAAGAGCACCUGCAACGGCGGCGACUUUGGUGGGCCGCUCGUCAGUGGCAGCAUUCAGUGCCACGUGACCGCGAGCUCAGCCGCCGGCGACGCCGUGAAGGCGGCGCCUCCCGACGAGACGCCCUUGAAGGACACAACGCACGCCACCACCACCACCACCACCACCACCACCACCAACACUGUCGUCGUACCAGAGGUGUCGGUUCCGGACGUCGGCCUCGUGUUAUAA